UUAAUAGGGACAUUCUUCUCAUGUUCUUCUUCCUCCCGUGAUCUCUAAAAAGCUCCACGACGUCUAGCUUCACAACACCGACGUUAUCGUUUCCUCUCAUCCCAUCUCACCAUGGCGACCAUUAUCCUGGGAUCCCAAUGGGGAAAACUUACCGACAUCCUCGCCCCGAAAGCCCAGCUAUGCGCCCGGGCUGCUGGCGGUCACAAUGCGGGCCACUCCAUCGUUGCCAAUGGCAUCUCAUACAGCUUCCAUCUGCUCCCAUCGGGCCUCAUGACGGAAAACCUCAACCUCAUCGGCUCCGGCGUCGUUUUCCAUGUCCCCUCCUUCUUCAAGGAGCUCGACGAGUUGGAGAAAAAGGGGCUGAAAGGCGUCCAUGACCGCAUCUUCGUUUCAGAUCGCGUCCAUGUCGACCUAGAUCUUCACGUUGCCGUCGAUGGCCUGGAGGAGGUCGAGCUCGGAGCCAGCAAGAUUGGAACCACAUGUCGCGGAAUCGGCCCGUCAUACAGCACCAAGGCAGCCAGGAGCGGCAUUCGUCUAUCCGAAGUCUUUAAUGCCGAGCUGUUCGAGGCCAAGAUUCGUCGUCUCGCCUCGUCCUUCCAAAAGCGCUACGGGGACCUGCUCAAGUAUGACGUGGAAGAGGAGAUUGCCAGGUUCAACGAAUACAGGCCCAAGCUAGCCAAGUACACCGUAGACGCUGUGGCCUUCAUCAAGCAAGCCCAGGACAAGAACAUGAAGAUCCUCGUCGAGGGUGCCAAUGCCCUCAUGCUGGAUAUAGAUUACGGCACGUACCCGUAUGUGACGUCGUCGAAUACCGGCCUUGGUGGCAUUUUUACAGGUCUCGCCAUCAACCCGACGAAGAUUGAUGAAAUCAUCGGCGUGGUCAAGGCCUACACCACCAGAGUAGGAGGAGGACCCUUCGUAACAGAAGACACGGAAGAGGCUGGCACUAAGCUUCAGGAGAUCGGUCGGGAAUGGGGAGUAUCAACCGGAAGGAAACGCAGAUGCGGCUGUACGUCUAUCCUCUACUUCGUCUCUGCACAAAUGAUCGUAAUGCUGAUUAUCCAUCUGCAGGCUAUUAACCACUACACGGCCCUGAAUCUCACAAAGCUCGAUGUUCUCGACACGUUCCCCACGAUCAAGGUGGCAGUCGCCUACAAGGACCCGGACACCGGUGAAGAGAUCCCCUCCUUCCCCGCGGACCUCAGCCAACUCGAGCGUGUCGAGGUGGUCUACCAAGAGCUGCCUGGCUGGAACCAGCCAACAGCCAAGAUCCAGACCUUCAUGGAUCUGCCGGUCCAAGCGCGGGACUACGUCCACUUCAUCGAGAACUUCGUCGGCGUGAAGAUCAAGUGGAUCGGCACCGGCCCCGACCGCGAAGACAUGAUCUACCGCACAUCCUAGGUAAGUGUCAGGAUGAGCGCUGGAAAUCGGACUAGAACUCGGAGACGAAUAGAAUAGGGCGUAUGUCUGAUGCCUAGCUUCUACGUCAUAUAUAUAAAUAUCGCAUGGGCUAGAAAAAGAUGACUGUCGGUUCGUCCCGGGCUAUAGGGACGUCUAGAGAGAGAGAGAGAGAGAGAGAGAGAGAGAGAGAGGGAGAGAGGCGCCUGAGGGAGUUCCAGCCUCCGAAGAAGCAACGAGAAAGGGCAACUUGUUUCCAGCAAGACAAAAAAACAGAGUAUAUGGUCAUCCCAGUACCAUCAUUUACGUCAUCUCAGCGGAAUCCCCAGCUAUCCCA